AUUUUAUGGUUAACUUUGAGUUAAUGCUCAGGAUAGAAUAAUGAGAGUAGACUGUUGCUGUCCUAGCUAAGGUCGUUAUAGAGGAGCCAGCUUCCAGCCAAUCCCGCAGAUUCAGAAAAGGAUCCAACUGAGACCUGAAGACCAUCCCAGUGGAGCUCAGAGGAAACUGCCAACCUGUAGAAUGAACAACUCAGUGGCCGCCAUCUGUUACUGGGCAUCAUGGCUGCCCUCAGACCUCUGGUGAAGCCCAAGAUCGUUAAAAAGAGGACCAAGAAAUUCAUCCGGCACCAGUCAGACCGCUAUGUCAAAAUUAAGCGCAACUGGCGGAAACCCAGAGGCAUUGACAAUAGGGUGCGCAGAAGAUUCAAGGGCCAGAUCUUGAUGCCCAACAUUGGUUACGUGAGCAACAAGAAAACAAAGCACAUGUUGCCCAGUGGCUUCCGGAAGUUCCUAGUCCACAACGUUAAGGAGCUUGAAGUGCUGCUGAUGUGCAACAAAUCUUACUGUGCAGAGAUUGCUCACAAUGUCUCCUCCAAGAACCGCAAAGCUAUUGUGGAAAGAGCAGCCCAGCUGGCAAUCAGAGUCACCAAUCCCAACGCCAGGCUGCGCAGCGAAGAAAAUGAAUAGACAGCUUGUUGUGCACAUCAUAUUUGUGUUAAUAAAACCAUAAAACCUA